AAAAUAUAAAAAAAUAUUCAUUUAAACAAAUAAAUUAUUUAUUGAAUUUUAAAUUAAGAGCGCUAAUUGAAUAUAAUUAGGGUAAUUGAAAUAAAACAUUGAAAUUUUUUUUAAAAAAAAAGAAAGUUAUUUAAAGAUUUUUUAAAAAAAAAUAUGAAUUUUAAUAAUUCAAAUAUUGAUAGAAAUUUAAAUCAUCCUAUAUGGUUUGAUAAUCAGAAAUCUACAAAUUAUACAACUAUUACAAAAAUGAACUAUACUCGAUAUCCAAAUCGAAAGCUUACACCAGCCGCUACUUCAAUUCGACUUCGUCGUAAUGAAAAUAAUUGUUAUGCAGUAUCUGGUCAUCAGAGAACACCAAGUGCACCUAAUCUAAGAUGUGAUAUACCAGUGAACUGUCAGCAUGAUAGACAAGAGGACAAUUUGUUCAAGUAUCAUAGACCUCGUCAAUUAUUACGUCGAAAAGAUUCUAUUCAAGCUGCACCUCCACAUAUUUUAUCCGAAGAUAGAUCAUUGUAUAAAUCUACGUUUACUGGACAGAUGGGUCCCCGUCCAUCUAGAGUCCAACCACGUGAACAAGGUAUAAAUGGUCUGGAGACAGCUCAACAGAAAGUCAAAAGCCUUCUCGAAUCAAAGGAUUUAACUCAUAUAACUGAAGAUGUAUACAAACAAAUUUAUCCUUUACCAAAUGAUUCGACUUAUAAUACUGACUUCAACGAACAUAUUUUCCAAGAUGUUUAUUCGGAAAAUACAUUACCAAACAUUAAUUCUAAAAUGCAAGAUAAUUCAACUAAUUAUCGAGAAAAUUAUCAUUCAUGGAUUAAACCAUCAAGAAAUGAUGGGAUUAUGCAACGAAUCGGGUACAAUUGGAAACCUACGCCUGCUGUAUAUCUUCCAGAAGAUCCUAGUAAACAUGAACCAAUAGAAUCUAGUACAGUGUAUCGAUCGAAUUUUAUUGAUUUUUCUAAAGAAAAGAUAAAAACUCGUAUGAAACCUAGUCAAAAAGCAUGUUAUUCCGCUAUUCAAGCAGAUAAAUUAUUGAGUAGUUUUGAUGGUAGACAAGAAAGAAUACCAAAAACAUUAUAUCGUGAUUCAUUUAUUGGUUUACAUAAUGUAGAUAAUUGGAGUGAUAGACAUAUAUUACAAAACUCAUCAUCGGUUACAUCACGAACUGGUAGAUAUCAACAAAAUGAUGAUAUGUAUUGGUUUGGUGUAGAUGUAAUACCGUAUAGAGAUACAAAAGAAUCCGUUUUUACAGAAUCAUGUUAUAUAGAGAAUCCUUAUCAAAAAUUACAAGUUUAAUACAAAGAUAAUGAAUGAUAUAUACAAAUGUAAGAGUAUAAAUAACAAUUUAACAUUUGUAGUAUCAUUCUAUCAAAACUAAAUUAAUUAACAAUAAGUUUAUGAAUUUAGUUUUUCUUUGAUUAGUAAACUUCUCAACUCUCAUUUUAUUUUACCUGAUUGUUUUUUUUUCUUUGUAAUAAUUAACUGGAACAGGUAAUUUUAGUAAUACAUGAAUUACUUAUGUACUCUUCAUUCAUGCAAUUGAUAAAGGCGCCAAAAUGCUUUCCAUUUUGUUUUUGUUCAUCAAAUCUAAUUCAAAUUAAUUUAUUCAUAUAAUUGAUCUUUUC